GCUAAAACAUUUCACCUGCCCUCUGCUUUGGUGUCGUUACAUCAGAUUUUCUCUGGAUUCUUUUCAUGAAAACAGCAAGGUCUCCACAACAUACAGAGGAUGAAGUUCUGGGUGACUUGGUGGGUCGUAUUUUGUUUUACGUGCCUUUAUACUGCCGGUACCUGUCCCCCAAACAAAAAAGCUUGUGAGAGAUCUAAUAGAUCUAAUGAUCUGACCAAAUGCUGCAUGGAAUCUGUGAGCCAAUGUCUGACAGCGACAAAUAAAGCAUGUAACAAACUCAAAGCAAUUAAGACCUUGGAGGAUGUUUUGCUGAAUACAAAAGUGAACCAAACAUCACUGUUCAGAGCCAAUCGUUCUAUGGCUGUCCUACAUAGGCCUUCUGGCUCUAGUCGCAACAGUUUUGACAUGUAUCUCAGUGACACUGAGGGUUCUGUAGAUGAGGAUCUGCCCGACCGAAAAUUGCGAGCUCACCUGCCUGAAGAGCUGAACCUUGGACCAAAUGAUAAAGUGGCAUUCUGGUCUGUUCAGCUCCCAGAUGAGGAUGAUUUCAAAGGCUUAGAGAACCUGUAUGAGCACACACUCAUUGGCCUGAGUGUCGAUGGAAUGGACGUUUCUGGACUUACGGAACUAGUCAAGAUCACAAUCAGUAUCACUGCAAACAUAAAUGUAACUGUAAUAUGCUCUGUGACUGACAGAAAACUCAGAGGAGACGAUUCCAAGAAGAUCCACAUCAGCCUGGCAGUCGCUUUGAUCCUCCUCAACGUUCACUUCCUCUCCAGCCAGGCGGCAGCAGCAUCGUCCUCCACUGAGCUUUGUCUCUAUGUGGCUCUUCUUCUUCACUACUCCCUGCUGGCCUCUUUCACCUGGAUGGCCUUGGAGGGCUUCCACCUCUACCUUCUUCUGGUCAAAGUCUUCAAUGUCUAUGUGAGACGAUACCUGCUGAAACUCAGCGUGGUGGGAUGGGGUCUUCCAGCUGUGAUUGUGUCAGUGGUGGUGAUCAUCGACAAGAACUUGUAUGGCCGUACCCCUGUGAUGUUAUCUAGACCCAAUGAAACUGAAAUAUGCUAUAUAACCGAUGAAAGAGUGAAGCUGGGGACCACCCUGGGGCUGUUCAGCAUCAUGUUCCUCUUUAAUGUGAUCAUGUUUGGAGUGACAAUCAAAUGGUUUGUGAGCACCCACUUUACCAAACAGCAUGGACAGAGAGAGCGCCGUGUGGCCCGGAAAGAAAUCGUGACCCUGCUGGUCCUCAUGGUUCUGCUGGGCCUGUCCUGGGGGCUGAUCUUCUUCUCUUUGGGCCAGCUUCCUGCUCCGGGCCUCUAUGCCUUCUGCAUCCUGAACUCUCUGCAAGGUUUCUUCAUCUUCAUUUACUUUAUGUUGCAUUUGAAGAAUUCAGGAAACCAAUCUGCCACUCCGAGCCCUGCAACGCAGGUUGAAAGCUCCUGAUCUCCAACGGGAUCUUACUCAGAGAGACAUUCAGCACUGAUUCAUUGGUCUUUUGUUUGCCUUAAGGAAAUGUUUCAGAACAUCAAACAGAUCUACACAUCAGACAAAUGUAACACAUAAACACAAAAUGCAACAUUUCAAUCAAAAAGUUUCUUCCAUCCAUCCAUUCUCUUCUGCUUAUUCCAAGAUGGAGUGAUUGUUAGGACCAAUGAAACAGAUCCUCUCAACACCAAGUCCAAAUUACAGACCUAUAUCUGACACAGGGAUCUAAAGAACAUAUGAAGGGGGCCGGUACUCGAUAGUCAUGAAGUAACGCUCUCAGGAAACCCCAAGGGGCACGAUUAAAUACUUUCUCCAAGUUGACAAAACCCAUCUAAACUUGUCUUUAUAUUGUUUUUUGUUGUUGUUGUUGACACAGGGACAGUGUAAGACAUUUCAUUAACUCUUUGAAAGAACAGAUGCAUGGUACCAGGUUAAAGCAAAGAAUGCUAAUUUCCACCUGCAGUCCCAGGUCAGGCUCAGUUUUGUCUGAUUUAACGGAUUAUAAAAAGCCAGUUUAUGUUCAGCCAGAUUUUACUAAACUGUCUGAACAUGUCUGAUAUGUAAUUAUUCAGAUCUCAGCUAAAACCAAGCAAACCAAACCACAAACUAACAGACAAUUCAUGAAACAAAUUAUUUGCCUUGAUCAAUAAUGAGUUCUGAUCUUCUUAUUUAAUAGGCAUAUUUUUUUGCCAUAUGUUUUGUAACUAGAACAUGUUUGGCAAACUAUUCCAAUGACCAGGCCUGUCAACGAUAACUUGUCCCAAUAAUUAUCGCGAUAAAUGAUAAUGUCAUUGUUUUGAGACCAUUUUCAACGGAUAUGUUGAUAAUGGUAUAAUAAAGCAAGUUGGCUCUCAGAGACCAGUAACUUUUGUAAGUAAGACAAGAACUGGAAGAUAUUUUAAUUAUAUAAUAAUAAAACACAACAACCACAAACAAAAAACAAAAUGGAAAUAAA